GGGAUCCUUAUCGUAAAUUGUAAUGCAUUCUAAACAAACAAAUUGUUUUAUCUGUGCAGGUCAACGCGCUAAGCAUCCAACUUCCGGUCCAGCUGACAGCCAUGCCUUAUCGAGAGUUCUGGGGCACGCAGUCCUCGUCGAAACUCCCGACAGUCCCGACCUAGCUCGACGAGACUCGACACGACGAGAGUUCGUCGGAAUGGCAAAAUGUACAGCGUGUUAAUCUAGACGAGACUCGACUAAAUCGACGAGAGUUCGUCGGAAUGUGCGCGGAAAAAUGUGCAGCGUGUUAAAAUGGGUGAUCUAUUGCCUAGUAUACCGAAGAGCACGUUGGCCAGCGAAGUAGAUGGCUGGAGCGGGCUGGACAACUACACUGAUGAGGAGCUGGCCUCGGUGGAGCUGUUCAAGGACUAUCCGGAGGGUCUGCUGCGGUUCGCGUCGGUCUGCUGUGUCCUGUUCAUGCUGGUUGGGAUCCCGGGGAAUCUCAUCACCAUCGUCGCACUGGCGCGAUGUAAAAAGGUCCGCAACGCGACAGCUGUCUUCAUCAUGAACCUGUCCUGCUCCGACCUGUUGUUCUGCUGCUUCAACCUGCCUCUAGCGGCGUCCACCUUCUGGCAGCGGUCGUGGUCCCACGGCAGGACUCUCUGCCGCAUGUUUCCCCUGGCGAGAUAUGCCCUGGUCGCGGUGUCCCUCUUCACUGUGCUGGCGAUUACCAUCAACCGAUACGUCAUGAUAUCACAUCCGAGGCUAUAUCCAAAAUUAUACCGAAGACAGUACUUGGCCAUCAUGGUUGCCAGCACUUGGAUAUUCUCGUUUGGAGCGCUGAUAGCUACGUGGAUGGAGAAGUGGGGACGGUUUGGACUGGAUCCAUCCAUCGGAUCAUGCUCAAUCCUACCCGACCGAAACAACCGCUCGCCAAAGGAGUUUUUGUUCGUCGGUGCGUUUAUGCUCCCGUGUCUGGCCAUAGUCACCUGCUACGCCCGAAUAUUCUGCAUCGUCCGAGAGGCCGCUAGAAGAUCGAGAGCUCCGUGCCCGAAGAAACUCAGACAAGGUCUCGAAGACUCCGCCGUGGGCUCGGCUUCAACCGCGAUAGAAAGGUCUCCGGGACCAGAAAAUGGCUACAACCACGUCGCACCUUCGAAGAAAUUACUCGCCCCACCUAUUUUGCACUGUCCUCCAACCCCUGGACCCGAGAGGUCUUCAUCAUCGGGAGUAGACACCCUGGACGGCCACGACGACGAAUGCGCCCUAGAAAAACCGAGAACGCCAAGUUUGGGUGAAACCUCAAAAAAGUUAAAGCAGGCAGCCCUGGCCCUGAAGCGUUCCCCGGUACAAGUGCGUCCGCCGCGUUUGACGCCGAAAGACAGGAAACUGUUAAAAAUGAUAAUGGCCAUUAUGAUAUCGUUCUGGGUGUGCUACUUGCCGAUAACGCUGACGAAGCUCUUCCGCGAGUUCACGUCGCAUCCCGCGGCGAACAUCGCGGGCUACAUCCUGAUAUAUCUGACGACGUGCAUCAACCCCAUCAUCUACGUGGUGAUGUCCAGCGAGUACCGGCAGGCGUACAAGAACCUGCUGAUGUGCCGGCGCUGGGCGUGACAU